GCGGUUUUAGCACAGUAAUAGCAAAUGUGAAUAAUUAAUGUGAAUUAUGCACUUUGUACAUUAAUAAUAAAUUAUCGUUUAUCAGAAUCUCAAUGGCGUAGGCCGUAUAACCCUGAUAAACGAGUUUUUUUCGAAUUACAUUGCAAGAUGCUCUCGACCGACAAUGAGACCUCUGAACAAUUUGAAAUACCUGCAAAUUGGAUUUACAGAGGCGAAGGCAACUGCAAUGUCGUAUUGUCACUGCCGCAAUUAGGAAAGAUACUUAGAAUAAGAAAAACUAACCGUCCCAGAUCGUUAAUAGGGUGGCUGGUGAAAUGGAUAAGCGAUAUUUUAGACUGGUUGUAUGGAAAAGGUAUUACAGAGGAAUUGAGAGAUCUGCAGUUCUAUUCGACCGUUAUGAGACCGCUGGUCGGAAGGAAAUACACAUCAGAGGCUUGCCAGAUAGUUUUAAGUAAGGCGGAAGUUAGGAGUUUAGAGAAUGAAUUGUGCAAAUACAGACCAGAAUUUCGAAAGCAUAAAAUUCUGCAGUAUGGCAGGGCAUCGCUAUUUGAUGAUUUCGCUUUCAUUCCCGAAAACGAAUAUGAUUACUUGCCUUUCAAGGUAGCCGAGGAUACUUACGCUAUUGAACUCAAGCUCAAACAGGGCUGGAGACCCUUAAGCGAAAAACAUUUUCCAACUUGCGUGUUUUGCAUGCAUCAAUACUUAAAGUUAGAGAAGAAGAAGAUUAAAGUACUUAGCAAAUAUUGUCCAGAAGAUCUUUUUUCAGGAAACGAAGCUAGAAUGGUACGUGCCAUAAAAUCUUUGAUAGAGGUGCCUCAAAACAAUUUCCGCAUUUUCAAAAACGGAAAUUUGGUAUACGGAGACAAUUUGAAGGCAGGUUUUUCGAACGUUGUCCAAAGCAUUUUCGCUAGCAAAGAAUCCUUGGACAAAUUGUUAGACGAGUUCUGUCAUCUGAUGAGAAAAUCUCUAACCACGAACUUCAUGAACGUAGAUGUCGUGGAACAUUGCGAAGAACAAACGUUCUGUCAAUGGAACAAAAUCAUACAAACGUCCGGCACGAAUACCACGUUACCGAAAAACUGCGUCUUAGAAAAAAUACUGUCCAUACAAAUGCUGGACACGGAGGGCUGUGAUUAUUACGAAAAAUUGUUACACAAAGAGAACUUAGAAGACUGGAACUAUGUGAACAUGUUGCUGGAUAGAGUGACGAAUGAGAAUGUGUGCAUGAAAUGCAUGAUAAUGACAUUGGGGAAUUGUAAUAGGAUUGAUUGCGAGGCUGAUUUGGCUUUUAUUCCUUAUUUGAUUUCGGCAAUCGCUAAAGAUUGCUCUUUGAUGAUUACCGUGAAGAGGAUACAGGAAAAUAUCGGUGAUGAUCUCGAAAUAAAAAACAUUUUAACGACCGAAUACGGACAUUUUCUCGUAAACAUCGGCGUGUUCGAUCUAUAUCCUAAACGACUGACUUCCAUUAGAAAACACUGUCAAAGAAACAAAGAUAUAUACAAGGCGUACACGAAAGCCACAUCGAAAUCGACCUCAAAUUUUAUCGAAUCGUUGAAAUAAUUUUGCGCCGCUUUUUAUUUUUUUUUAAGAGUUUUAUUUCUAUGUUUAUAAGUAUACAGGGUCAUAGUGCGUUUUUAUAAAAUUUAUUAUCGGUGUUUGACUAACAUUCUCGAUUUUUAAAUUUUUUUUUGUAUGUCAGUAUUUUUAGUUAAAAUUGGUGCGAUAUUUAAAAAAAUGAGGCUAUUUUUAUUGAAACCAUAACGCAACCAAAAUUUUAACCUUUUCGGAUCAAAAGUAUUGAAGUGUUGAUAGAGGCUCAUAUUUUGACGUAUCUGUCAAAUUUGUUACGUAAAAUCUGUCAUCUGUCAAUAUUGUAACGUUGUAUAUUUAUUUUUCUAGUUAAAUUCAUAUAAAUUUUGUUGGUUUUUAAUUUAUUGAUUUGGCAACGUUGCUAACUUUAUAAAAUUUAUUAGCCAACCAUCUGUCAUUCUUGUCAAAAUAUGUAUCAAGGGUUGACAGCAUGCCAGCACUGAAAUAUUUUAUAUUAGGGUUCUCCUAUCAAGUAAACUAACUGUUGUGAGGUAACUCAAAGUUUGACAAAUUUGACAAUUCGUCAGUUUGAAAUUCAUCAACAAAAAAUUAACAUUAGAAAAAGUGCGAUUAUUUAACAAAGAGUCUUUAGGAAAAUCAAAAGUAAAUCAACAAAUUUGAUGUAUCAUUUAAACUUUUAAGGUUAAGUGAAACAUCAAAUGUCGAAAAUUGCGUUAUUUUACGAAUUUCCGCUAGUUCUGAUUCGAGAUCCCUUAAUUGUAUUAUUUUACCAAAAAAAGAAAGAAAAAUUUCUCGUUAUAAGAAUUCUGUGAUAAGAAAAAUUAAAUAGUUGUUUCAAAAAAGACCAAUGCGUAUACGUUUUUUUACUCUCGUGCUGUUUAUCAUAUUAAUGUAAUUUAUGUUUUAAUAUACGAGGUG